CAUAAAUGGAAAAUGUUGGGUUUUGUUCAGCCACCGCGUUGGGAAAGAUAUCAACAAGAAGUGAGAGAGUGGGAGCAAGCGAAGGCCAAAAGUGUCCCUUUAAAUGGUUGCUCUAAGAAGGUUGCUCAAAACGAGAAGCCACCAAUGUUUGCAUUCUGCCUGAAACCACGUGGUCUGGAUUUACGUAACCGAGGGUCAAAGCAUAGGUCACAUAAGAAACUCUCAGUUUCUGGGCAAAGCAAUACCUUCUCUGUUUAUCACGACGGUUUUCAUGCUUACGGUAAGCACUUCACUUGUUUAUUAUUCUGCUGUAUAUUUAGAGGUGACAAAAGGGGUUGGUUCGUGUUUUGUUGGGAUCAAGGACAUUCACUUGUAUAUUUGACGUGGUUUGGAAGGUAUUUCCGUUUUUAGCUAAAGUCUAAGGGCUUCUUCUGAGUGAAGUUUUAGUAUUUUUUGAGUAGGAAAUUGUAAAAUGGUAGAGCUGGAUUAGUUUGUUAAUGGCACAAGGAUUGGUACCAUACGUAAAUUAACAUUUAUCUGGUCUGAAUUGGGACAGCAAAAGCUGGAUUUAAUUCAUGACCGGAUUGUAAAACUCUUCAUGUUUAGGUACUUCAUUGUAUUUCUCAAAAUACUUGGACACUUUCUUAAUAUAAGACGACUAAAAUUCUAGGUACUUAGUAAUUUUGCAGGAAAUUUACCUACCAACCUCCUAAUGAACUUGUCAAUGUGUUUGGGUUGGAUGGGUUUGAACUGGGUUGCGUUGAAAUUUUGCUACCCCUGUAUCUAAGCGUUUGUCCUAAUCUGUAAAAAUGAUUUUAUGUAGCAGGUAGACGAAUGAAUGGCUUUGCAUCUGGCGACGAGAGGGUUUUACAUUUGGGACAGAAUUAUGACUUCAUGGACGAUUCUCCAUUGCCACAGAGAUCUCCGAGAUUUUUCUCACCAAGGGAAGCAGAUGCAGGCAGCUUGGGUUACUUUUACCCCAAUCCUCAUAGAUGUCACCACUUGCAUAAGAAAUUUCAGAGGAGCAAAUCGAAAAAAGUGGCGGGGACUUCAACUCUUUCCCCCAUGGGACGUCCGAUGAUCCCUUCAUUCAAUCAGCGCAUGUUUGUGAAAAGGAACAAUGGCUUACAUCAGUGGCCAAACCAGCGACAACCUGACCGCCACCUAGAUUGGUCUCUUCAGCAUGAUCCUUACCAGUUGGAAGGCUCGGAUCUCGAAGAAUCACAGACUCGUGAUGCAUCCGGUGCAGCUCAGCAUGCUCUCAAGGUGGCUAAGUUCAAGAGAGAGAAAGCUCAGAGACUACUUUGUAGGGCUGAUUUAGCUAUCCACAAGGCUGUUGUUGCCUUGAUGACAGCUGAAGCUAUUAAGGCAGCUUCCUCAGAGGAUGCGAACGAUGAUGACAUGUGAUGAUAUGCGAGGUUUGGAAUUCUUUCUUCAAGAACUUUGGCAGCUAGAGGGUUGUCUGUAGACUCGGCAUUCAGUUUGCCCCCUAGUGAAAUAGCGGGGCAAUGGUGGUGGUGAUGGUCUUGCACCGAGGUACACAUCGCUUGGCUACUCUCUUGGUGGUUUCGUGACCCUGGUUCGAUGUCGCACUGAUGAUCCAUCCUGGAGGUGACUGGUGAGAGAGAGGUGUUGCUGGAAUUUUGGGCCUGCCAAAUCUUUUUUUGUACAGAUUUUUUCCCACUCUUCUUUCUCGUUUUUUUUUUUUUUUUUUUUUUUUUUGCUUUCUCCAGGGUUUUCACUGUUUCUUCUUUCUUCCCCUUCUUUAGCCUUGAUGCCUGGGAUAGGAGCUCUAGCCGAAAUAAUACACCACCCCUUAGUUUGAUAACAAAGAAAGAGAGGAGGUAUAAAGCAAAAGGUUUGAGAAAGAGUUGCCUGUUAGAUGGAUUGAAAUGCUGCUGCAGGUUUCAGGGAGCAUUUUGCUCGUUAAAAAAGAAAAAAGAAAUUAAUUUUUAGGGUUAGGGAUAUGUACCAAUGAUGAAGAACAAGGUCUCUGGGAAUAGUGCAGGAAAAAGGGGGAACAAGUUGUGUAAGUAAAUUAUCUUUUUUUUUGUUUGUUUGUUUCUGAUUUUUCAGAGGUGGAAUUGGUGGCAAAUGAAAGGAGAUCAUGUUGCUGAUGUCUGAUGUCCCUAGCUUACUGUUAGUUUCAUUUAUGUUGUACUGCUGCUUUGAAUCAGUCUGUUAUGCCGCAGCUGGAGCAGACUUGCUGCUUUAGUCGUUGCUGAGCGCCCCCACUUCACUUUCGAGCUUUUGAUGUUGCAGCACUUGUAAUGGAGUUGAGGUAGGAUCUAUGAUGGUGAAUGUGGUUUGCAGUACGAGGAAUGGAACUGAUGGUAAAUGAGUUAAAUUUCUUUAGUGAAAUUUAUAGAGAGGGUUAUGAAUGACAGUAACAAGUCAAGAUGUAGUAUCACAUUUUUGUCAAGUUGAUUGGAUCAUGUCCAGUAACUUAAUUAGUGAUAAUGGUAGAGUAUGAUUCUGAUGAGUAGCAGCAGCUUCUCCCACUCCCAUGAUCCCAAGACGGCUACUGUAGUCUGUAAGUGAGAAACAAUAUAUGAAGACCUCAGAUUAGGGCUGCUAAGAAGCCGAGUUAUUUGUGAGCGGCUCGGUUUCGAACUUGAUAAAAGUUCGUUCGGUUAAAAAAAAAAAUGCUCGGCUCGUUAAUAAUUGAGCCGAGCUUGAGCUCUAUCUUGUUUGGCUCGUGAAGCUCGUGAACUAGCUCUAUUAGGUUGGCUCGUUUAAUAUAAUUCAUGAACUAUCUCGUUUUGAGCUUAUGAGAUGUCCAACAUUGUGACUAGAGAGCCAACUUGACUACGACUUAUGAGAAAAUCAAUAUAUAUUUUAUGAGUUGGUUUGUUAAUGAUGCAUGUAAUUAUUCAAUUGUAUAUCUCACCUCAUAUGGUGUUUAAUACGUUGAGUAUAUGUAAGCAAAUACGCAGUGGCGGACCCAAAAAAUUUAUUAAGGGUAUUCAAUAAAAAAAUCUAAGUAAAAUAAAUAAUAUUAAUUAUUAAUUCAACAAGUUUAUUUCAUAAAGUACAUCAAUUUGUUUUUUCUUUACCGUGAAUCGCGACGUAUUUUUGUAUUUUACAAAUUUUAUAUAAUAUAUUAAAACAAUGGCAAGACAUAAAAAUGUAAGCGCUUUAAGUUUUAAAGCGCGAUUUUGAUUAUAUUAGGUCCCGUUUAGCAUCAUUUUGUUGCUGUUGUGAUUGCAUUGGUGUUGUGCAAACAAGUGUACAACAACAACAGAAAAAAAAAAAAACAAACAACACAAACCUGUUUAGUUGAUAAAUCUGACAACUCAUAAAAGUUGACAACAAAACACAGAAACACGUUUAGUUACUUCUAUAAAAACUAAAAACUAGAAAAUGGUUAUUUUCAAUAUCAAACAAAGUCCCACAAAAGCCAACUUAGAUCAAUUUCAAACCACCGUUUCACUUCACCCUACUGCAACCUCCCCAUUUUCUGAUUUUAAUUGUCGGUGCAGUGCAAAACCCUAGCCACCAUUGUAAAACACAAGAAUUGACAUCCCUCCACCACCACCAUCGCAAAGGAAAGGGGAUCAGUGUUCCCUCAUAGUGCGUGAAACUUGGCAGGGCAUUUAAUAAGGUUCUGGAGCGAAAACUUGGAAUUCAGUGAAAAGAAUUGUCAGUAUAUCUGCAGAUUUUUGAACAAAUUGGUAUAAGUUAUAACUGAUAACGACACAAGCAAAGACACAAUAUAAAGGCUUUAUAUCAAAGACGAUAAGGGUUGGCCGGAGUCAAAGAGAAGGACGGGUUGGUCGGGGUCUGUUGGACUCGAGGAUUGGUAAGCGAUACCAGCAAAUAACGGCGACGAUGCUGGACCGCGGGAUAGUUGGACGCAACGAGGGGUCGAUGGCGGGAGAGUUGGACGGUGACGAGAGCUGGAGAGGCAGUAGGCCGAAUCGUGCUCGUCCGCGAAGGAGAUAAGGAGAGAAGGAGGAGGGGUUGUGGAUCAACGGUGGACGUGACCAGGAUGGACAGAAACAGGGCGGAGAUUGGGGUCCAAACAAAUGGAUACGAAAAAAUGAUAAGAAAUGAGCUACGGGGAU